AAUGACUCCAGUCCCUCUGCUCCGCACACACUCAGGACUCAGGAGUCAACUGAAGAACCAAAAUGCACAACUGCUGAAUCCUUGAACGCGGAUUUUACUUUUCUACACGUGCAACGUUUGCUCCUCAGCUGUUCAGCGCGUCCUCAUUGGAGUGUGUGGCUCCUCCAGGCUCCACCGACUCCACAGCUGAAGCCCCGUCUCCGCGUACAAUGAGCGCGUGUGUGUGCGGCGCUUCCUACCUGCGGAGGAGUCUGCUCCAGGCUCUGCUGUUCUUGGCUUCGGCGCUGCAGAGCAGCGGCGACUGCCCCAAACCAUGCGUCUGCUACGGUCCCACCGAGGUGCACUGCACCUUCAGAUACCUGAGCGCAGUACCUGACCGCAUCCAGCCGGCUGUGGAGAAGGUCAACCUGGGGUACAACAGUAUAACUGUACUGAGAGAAAAUGAUCUGUCAGGACUCCUGAACUUAGAGCUCCUGAUGCUGCACAGCAAUACUAUACACAGCAUUGAAGACAGAGCCUUCAACGACCUCAAGUCUUUACAGGUCCUGAAGAUGUCCUAUAAUAAAGUAAAGGAAAUCCAAAAAGACACAUUCAAAGGUCUAAGUAGUCUGUUGCGACUCCACAUAGACCACAACUAUAUCGAGUUCAUCAGCCCAGAAGCGUUCUAUGGCCUGACGAAGCUGCAGUUGGUCAAUCUGGAGGGUAACUUCCUCCAGCAGCUCCACCCAGACACAUUCAUCACCCUGAGACACAGCCAGGUGUUCAAGCUGUCUUCAGUCAGGAACAUCCACCUAUCAGACAACCUCCUCACCACUCUGCCUGCAGAUAUUUUCUCAGGCUGUAGCCAGUUAGAGAACGUCUUCCUUCAUGGCAACCCCUGGACAUGUGAUUGCCGUAUGAAAUGGUUACCAGUGUGGGCACAAAGAAAUGCAGGUGUACUGAAAUGCAAGCGAGACAAGGGAUAUUCAAGAGGCCUGUGUCCUGUUUGUGAAAGUCCUGCACCUUCCCACAACCAACAGAUAGAGCUUCUUCCUAGUGAUGCAUUCACAUGUGUCAAACCCUGGGUAAAGCCACAUCUAAAGCAAAGAAAUAUCACCCUGGAUGAGGGGGACUUCACUCCAGUUUCUCCCAAGGACUUUAUUGCCCCUUUAGGUUCCAUACAAAUGAACGUAACCGACCAGUUUCACAGUGAUGCUAGCUUAUCCUGCACUGUGCAGAGGCCUUCUGCAUUUGAGAAUCUGACACAAAGUUUAGAAGAGGAGGCAGGACACAAUGUCACUGUGCUUACCACUACCAUUACUACAUAUUUGGUGUGCAACGUUGACUAUGAACAGAUUCAGCGGCUGUGGCAGAUUCUAGCCGCCUACAGUGACUCCCCCAUGCGUCUAGAAAGAGGUUUAAUGCUGGCCAGAAGCCCAGAUAUGGUGUUCAGGUAUAGUCAGAUGAAAACAUCAGAGGGUGAGGAAGGAAUUCAUACAAAUAUUGAGGCUGAGAUUAAAGCUUCUCCUGGAUGGUUGAUGCAAGGAGAGGUGAGCUUUCAGCUUGAUCGCACUACUACUACUUUUUCUACUUUGCACAUAAAGUACCAGUCUGUAGUCAACCUGCGUGUGGAAACCACACCCCCUAAGAAGGAUCACUAUUCCUGGACCAUGAUCAAGCGAGAUAAUCAAACCAAGACUGAGCACACUGUACUUACAGGUGGCGUGGCACAGUUGACUUGUCAAAUCCAGGGGGAGCCAAAGCCUAUGCUCGAGUGGAUUUUACCUGAUGGAAGCAAGGUGAGAGCUCCCUUCUCCAGUGAUGACAGAAGGAUCAUAAUCACGGCAGAAGGGAAGCUCACAUUACGAGGUGCUGAUACUUCUGACACCGGCCUCUACCGCUGCAUUGCAACAAAUUACUUGGAUGCUGAUAUUCUCGUAUUCCGAGUGACAGUUCUUUCCCCCGAUGUGGAAGAAGCUGACAUCAAUGGUGUCCAACUGUCAAGACCACUGGGGGAAAAUCUGGUUUUGGACUGUAGCUCCUCAGGAAAUCCAGAGGGCUCCGUACAAUGGAUUCUUCCUGAUCACUCAGUAAUUUACAAGUCACAGGGGACUAGAAAAUUACAUAAAAACGGAACUAUUCUGAUACAGGGUCUUACAGCAAGAGAUCGUGGAUUCUAUAGAUGUUUAGUUGCUAAUCAGCUGGGAGUUGACCUGCUUGUGUCUCAAGUGACAAUAACUGGAAAAAGACCCAAGAUAGUACCAGUCCUGGACAGUGAGGGUUCUGCGAUGGAUCCCAAGGAGGACCUAAGCUUGACAGAAAUGACAGUCCCCCUCAGUGAGAUACCUUCAUCCAGCCCAUAUGACAGAACUAGUCAGGAAUCCAGGACCAUCACUUCAGAUCGGCCCUACCCCAGAUUUAGGUCACCGACCAGAGGAGGGUCUAGAGCUCGACUGGAGAAAAAUAGGAGAAGGCCAGUUGGCAACAGACGCAUAUGGAGUAGUAGGGUCUUUAAUAAAGCUUCUAGGAAGGUAGACCCACAGAAAUUUGCUGAGCUGAUGAAAAGAGCUCAAGAUGGAUCAAAAAUUAGCACAAAAAAAGAGGUGGGAAAUUAUAAAGAAUCAAAUGGCAUUCUCUCAGGUGAUGGAGAAUUUGGCUCUGGUGAGGAUGAUAAUGAAGACAACAUCAUUGUAGUGCCACAGAUACUCACAUCAACCAUAGAAAAUCCACACGAUAGAAUAUUUGGGCAAGGCAGAACUCACACAGCAGAAAAUCAUAUUGAUUUUAGUACAAACACAUACCAACACAUAACAGAAUCAUACAGGUAUAUGCAGUCAGACUUUACCCCAGUUGAGUCUUCAUUCACACAUAAUCCGAGUUUUAUUGACACAACUGAGCUCUAUGCCCUUGGAAGAACCACCGCACCACAUUCAGAUGUGCACUCAGUCAUGCUUCAUCUUACUGUGACUGACACUUCACAAGAAACUCAGCUUCAGUUCUCAGGAGAACAUCCUGCAGAUCUAGAGACAUCCACAGGGCCAGCACUUUCAUUUACCACUGACCCUAACAUUACUCCACUGAGAGAAAAACAGGACCCAGUGGAGCUGACUCACAACGACCCGGACAGCCACUCAACAUUUACAGCUGUCACCACCACCGAGAGAAGGCAAGAUGAGAUUACCUUUCACACCACCCAAACAAUCAAAUCCCCAAACCUGCCUGCAGGAUCUACAAUCAUCUCCAGGCAGCAAAUCCAUAUCAUACCAAAAAAGAAUGCCAGAGGAUGGGGACGCAGAAGAAACUUCCACAGCCACAGGAGGAUCAUUAAACCCAACAAAAUUACUGACAUCCAAUCCUUCAUCAAUAAACUUAAACAGCCCUCAGUGAAGAAGGAAUGGAGUGACUCUGUGUCUCACCAAACUGAACAAACAACAGACAAAAAGAAGACGGCAUCCACUAACGUGCAGGUGGCCACACCAGCUUUCUCCAGCUCAUCUUUUGACAGAACAGAGAGACCAGCUUCUACAAACGAUUACAUCUCGUCUAAUGUCCCAUUUACCCAUACAGAACCUAAACCAGAGGCUUCCACUGGCUACAUAACAUCUGCUGAUGUUCCUGAGUUUGACCCUACUUAUAACCCAGUUUGGAGUACACACAAAAGACCAUCAGUCUCCACUACAGCCACUACUACAACUGCCUCUACAGUUAUUCGGGGAAGAAUUCCCUGGGACAGGCUGUUUGGUGGCAGAGAAAAGGAAAAAAUACUGGGCAGACUAAGGAGACCGUUUAUCAACGUAAAAAAGUCUACUACAGCAGAAACUACAACAGCAGCUCAAACUACAGCCCCUGUUACUAUGCCUCCCAUCACUGCACACUCACUGGUUGGACCUCAGAUUCUGUCUCCAUCCAGGCACAAAGAGAGCUCAAUAGAUGAUGACUAUGGAGAUUUAUCUUCUGCAGAUUUUGAGUUAACAACAACUAAAACCCACAUUCUCCAUGUCACUACUACCAGUCCAUCAUAUUACUUUGGGCUGUCCACCACUGGUAAACUCCCACCAGAAUCAGAGACGUUACCUUUCCCACCCACCGUGAAACCACCUUUAGUUGAAUCUCCUGGUGGACCUUUUGAAUCGGGAUCUGGUGGACUGCCUGACAAUAGAGCUGUAGUCAGAAAGACUCCAGAGAGAACCAAAGGAAGACAAGGACGACGAAGGUGGCCCUUUAAGGGCAGGAGACCUAUCAAGUUACCAGGGAUUACUGGAGUACGUCCUACUACAACUACAGAGGCAACAACAAUGUUGUCUACAUCCGAGGCAACCACACUUAGUUUAUUACUCAAGCCUUUGUACACACCACCUAGGAAAGAGGACAGAACCUUAAUAGCUGUAUCCAGUGACAAAACAUCUAAGGAGGAGACUGGCUUCUAUGGAGAAAUGUACUGGGGAACAUCACUUAACAGUCUACCAAGCCACAGUACAACCAAGAUACCCUUGGUCACCUCAACGGCCUUUGUCCCUGCCACUACGAUAAUGCCAAAGACAACAAAAGGUUCCCGGGUCCAUAGCACCAUCACACUACCAACGCAAAAUGGUUACACUACUCACCGCCCACCAAUGGGAAGAGUCAGACCUACUUUGCAAAACAGUGUCACUAAGGGUGAUGCAGAGAGAGGCCAGACCUUUGACACCAUGACUGCCUUUGAAAAUGUAAUUAACAACAAAGCUACAGGUGCCAGUGUUGUGGAUUUUGAUACCACUACCCAGGUUUUGGAAAACAAACCUAAAAUAGUUGGGGGCAAUGCAGCCAGCUUUACCGUUUUGUCAGACUCAGAUGCUUUCCUGCCAUGUGAAGCUAAGGGAAAUCCCAAACCAGUGAUAAUCUGGAAACGCUUUUCAACUACAGGAGGCACUAUCACUAUUGCAGGGAGAAUGGGCAAGUUUGAAGUGCUGAACAAUGGUACACUGUUAAUUGAAAACACCAACAUCAAAGAUCGGGGCCAGUACCUGUGUCUAGCUGAGAAUAAUCAUGGAUCAGAUAAGCUUCUUGUCACUCUCUCUGUGGUGGCCUACCCUUCACGGAUACUAGAACCAAAAAUGCAUGACAUCAAAUCUCACGUAGGAGACACUGUGAAGAUGAAUUGUAAAGCAGAGGGUCGACCCACGCCCUUCAUAUCAUGGAUUCUGGCAAACCGGACCCAAGUUAGAGGCCAAAACACAGAGAGGGGAAGAGUAUCAGUAUCUGCUGAGGGGACUCUAAUUAUUGAGCAUGUUUCUGUUUAUGACAGAGGACAUUACAAAUGCAUUGCAAGCAACUCAGCGGGAGUUGAUACUGCUACAGUUCGGCUGCAGGUGGUAACAGCUCCACCUGGUAUCAUGGAGGAGAAACGGCAGCAGCUGAAAGCUACUGUAAGCCAAAACCUGUGGCUACCCUGCACUGGACAAGGCAGCCCUAAACCAACAAUUCACUGGGUGCUCAGUGAUGGAUCAGUCGUACGAUCUGGCCGUCCUGCCAGUGACGCAAGGAUAUCAAUUUAUGAUAAUGGAACCCUCCAUUUUAAGGAUGUGACUCCAGGUGACAGCGGGAAAUAUGAAUGUAUUGCUACUAGCUCUACUGGAUCAGAGCGGAGGGUGGUAACUCUGACAGUCAAGACGGAUGAGUCUGCGCCCCAAAUUUUGGAGACAUCCUCGCACAUGACAGAGUUGUCUUUUGGGGAUCAACUGCGAUUAAACUGUUCAGCCAUUGGAAACCCCAAACCGAGCAUCAUCUGGAGGCUGCCCUCCAAAGCUGUAGUAGACAAGUGGCACAGGAUGGGAAACCGAAUCCAUGUCCUGGAUAAUGGCACACUUAUUGUUAACAAUAUCAAUGACAAAGAUUCUGGCGUUUAUAUAUGUGUUGCGCGAAGCAAGAUAAGCGAUGAUGUACAGCUCAUGAAGGUCAGUGUGUCCAUGAAACCAGCCAAGAUUGAACCUAAGGCCUAUGGGAGGAAGCAGGUGCCCAUCGGUAAUGAUUUGAAGGUUGACUGUAAAGCCUCUGGAGCACCAAAGCCUGAGAUAUCCUGGGGUCUUCCAGAUGGUACAGUGGUCAACAGUGCUUUGCAGUCUGAUGCCAGCAGUGGAGGAGGGCGAGCACGACGAUAUACUCUUUUUGACAAUGGAACUCUUUACGUGAACCAGGUUGGCAUGUCUGAGGAAGGAGACUAUACGUGCUACGCUGAGAACCAAGUGGGCAAGGAUGAGAUGCAUGUACAUAUAUCUGUGGUAACUGUUGCUCCCAGGAUACGCCCACCAAGCCAGAUCUAUGCCACUUUGAAACCUGGAGCAAGUGUACGCUUUGACUGUGAAGCACUGGGAGAGCCCAAACCCAAAAUCUUCUGGAUACUGCCCACUAACGAUGUAAUUGCAGCAUCAAGUGACCGUUACCUGAUGCAUGUCAAUGGUUCUCUGGAUAUCAGGAAUGUGAAGCUUAUUGAUGCUGGGGAGUAUGUUUGUGUGGCUCGCAACCCUGCUGGAGAGAACAAAAUAGUGUACAAGCUUAAUGUCCAUGGAAUUUCACCAAUAAUCAAUGGCUACCAUCAGAACAGGACUGUAAUCAAAGAUGUAGCUGUUAAACACUCCAGAAAACUAAUAGACUGUAAAGCCGAGGGGCAUCCGGCUCCUAGUAUCACUUGGAUUAUGCCUGAUAAUAUCUUCCUGACAGCACCAUAUACUGGCAGCAGGAUUAUUGUUCACCAUAAUGGAACAUUAGAGAUACGUAAUGUGCGACCAACUGAUACAGCAGAGUUCAUUUGCAUUGCGAGGAAUGAUGGAGGAGAUGCAGCGAUGGUUGUGCAGCUGGAAGUAACUAGCAGGCUCCAAAGGCCAAUCUUUAAGAACCCCUUCAAUGAACGUAUUUUGUUUCGGAUUGGAAAAACCACAGUUCUGAACUGCUCUGCUGAUGGAUACCCAAUGCCAGAGAUCACUUUUACUUUGCCUAAUGGAACAAGGUUUACUAGGGGACAAGAUCAUGGCUCACGCCACCAUUUGGGCAUUGAUGGGACUCUGGUCAUCUACAGUCCUCACAAAGAGGAUGCUGGGAAAUACCGGUGUGGUGCCAAGAACCUCAUGGGUUAUAUAGAGAAACUAAUCAUUUUGGAUGUUGGUCAAAAGCCUUACAUUUUGACACGGCCAAGGGGCAUUAUACGCAGUGUUUUUGGAGAACCUCUCUUCCUUCAUUGUCUAUCUGAUGGGAGUCCUAGGCCCAAAAUAUACUGGACCCUUCCUGGGGGCCAUACUCUCACUCGGCCUCAAGUCCUUGGUCGCUAUCAGUUCCUAGAGAAUGGCACAUUGGUUGUUCAAGAUGCUUCUCUCCACGACCGAGGGAACUACAUUUGCCGGGCUCGGAAUGAUGCUGGGGAGGCUAUGGUCACUGUUCCUGUAAUUAUCAUCGGCUACCCUCCACGAAUUACAACAGCACCACCUACCAGUGUGAGUGCAGUGACCGGGACACCUAUCCAGCUCAACUGUGCUGCCACUGGGAUCCCCAGGCCAGAGAUCCUUUGGGAGCUGCCUGAUCAUUCAGUUCUGUCAUCGGCAGACCAAGGUCGACCUUCGGGUAGCGAACUUCUCUACCCUCAGGGCACACUUAUCAUCCAGAGGCCAACAACUUCAGACUCUGGCACAUACAAGUGCAUGGCCAAGAACCAUCUGGGCACACACUCAAGGGUUUCAUUUGUACAUGUGAAAUAGGUGUGACAAAGAAGGGGGUAACUAUUAUCACACAGUCACUUGUGUGAGAGGUAAGGUACAGAUCUCUCACAUUAUUCGACAACAACUUGUGCAAUAAUAUUUUAUAAAGGUGACAGAUGUGGAUUAAACAGAGCACAAGAAGCGGACUGAAACAGACAUUGUGUAGCUGGAAAACUCAGUUUGGCCCUAGUAAAAUGUUUUCUGUAACUUAGAAAGUCUAGGAGUCUGGAAAUUCAUAGGUGGUUGUCAUUGGAGGAGAUUCUCGUGGGAGCAAAAGGGCCGGUGCAUGAAGUAAUUUCUCUGACCAGGCGCUGCUGGCCGCACAUAGGAGUACUCUUACAGCAUGCAUAGAGUGGAAGAAAUAUGUGUUACAUGCUGUUAGGCAAAAAAAAGCUUCCAAGAGGGUUUUAAAUCCUGUCAGACAUUGGCCAGACGUUGCUGCUGCUAUUGCUGCUUGGCUGCUUUGUAUUUUAACAGCAUAUGAAAAAUAGCAUAUUUACUUUAGUACAUUCAGAUGUGUUGAAUGUCACUGCGGAGGAACAUAGGUUUGUUUUACACUGGAUACUGGACGGUGCAGUGCUUCACACCAAACUCAUAUCUGACUAUGAUGAAAGAUGACACAAAUCCUAAAUCAGAUUUUUUCAUGGAGUCAUUCGUUGUACAUGAACACAAAAAUUACUCUAAUGUUAUAACGGUAUACAUGCUAACGUUACUGUAUAAUACCGGAACGUAUACUGUAUAUCUGUUUGUGGUAUCUGCUUUAUGAAACUACAAAAGAACAAAUUAUAUUAAUAAAUAAACAUGGAUUUAAUUUUGUUUUAUUUUAAUACCUGAUAAAGUCUUUCCAAGCACACAUUCAUUAUAGGCAUGUCAUAUUCGCCUGUACAAGGGACUGUUGUAAGACUGUUGACACCAGGAGGCUGUUUUAGCAAAGGUCAUGAGUGUUUUUACUGUUCGACCUUGUUGCUGUGGCUGUAAUCUUCCAGACAUACACAGUUUUAAGUGUCCAGCUGUGAAAAUAGCCAUUUACCCAGUUCGCCGUUGUGCCGAACCCCAAGCGGAACAUUUGAUUUUGGUUUGUGAUUGUUUGCUGAUUUUACGGUUCUCCGGCUACUUCAAGGAAGUCAAGCCUGAAAAAGGGAACAGAGAAAGUGUUUUUGAAGUAUGAAGCAGAACAAAGUUUUACUAAGUUAUGUUUUAAGGGUUUUCAUUUAGACAAAUACCAAUUACUGUAAAUCAGAAGGAUGUGCUUCUAAAAUAGGCGUGUGUGUGUGUGUGUGUGUGUGUGUGUGUGUGUGUGUGUGUGUGUGUGUGUGUGUGUGUGUGUGUGUGUGUGUGUGUGUGUGUGUGUGUGUGUGUGUGUGUGUGUGUGUGUUUUUCCAGCAAUCAGGAAAACAUAUCUGUGUAUUACUCCUACUGAAGCACGAUGGACAGCUUUAAGCACUGCCAUUAAACUAACAAGCCCAAAAAAGAGCCCUGUUUAGUGGAUUUAAUCAUUUUGUAAAUCAUAAAAAACAUUUUUUUAUGAUUCAGUGUGAUAUGAGUCAGGCAUACAUGGGCAAAAAGGGAACUGUCUUCUAUAAACCAUGGAAUGUGGGCUACUUGCUGAGAGUUUAGAGAAAAGUGGUCACACAUGUGAGCUGGGUGACAACGAAAGACAAAUGAAAGCAGCUGAACAGCAGUGCGUAUUCCUUACAUGUGACUUUUCACUUUGACGGACAGCGCAUCUUUAGCACCAGCGACGUCUGCGGGUGGUGGACAGUUUAUUUGUUCAGUUCUGGUUUUGCGGUUCGUGCUUGGGGAAUGAUGACAUUUACCUUCCACUGACUUGAGUAUUUUACGCAUGAUGUUCACAUUGGCUCUUUUCCUCUUGGGUGUUUGAAGGAGCAGAGUUCAAGUCAAACACAUACUGUUUGAAACGUUGUUUUUAAAAGCUACUGGAAGGGAAAAUGUGUGUUUUCCAUCUGUGUGUAUUUCACUGUUAGUGAAUGAGACAUGUUAACUUGAAAAUGUCUGCCAUACUGUACCAUGAGAUGGAAUAAUACAGCCUACUCUUAGUCUAUACCUAGAUCUAGUCUAGUCCAGAUCCCCCCAUAAUAAAUCCUCACAGUCUA